CUUGUCGCCAUGUUUUGCCGCCCAAGUAUAGAUAGAUGUGCUGUGGUCAUACACUCUUCACUACCAAAAAAAUCAUCCCUCACAACAUACUGAACAAGCUGUGACUUUGUGUAACGAAAUCAAAGCAUGAAAACCCUCAAGUCUCUCGCUCUCUUGGCUUUGCUCUUUUCCCUCUCCCUCGCUGUUUUUGCCGACACAUCCAACGAUGCCACACACGCUAAGGAUGAAGUGAAGCCAAGUGAAGCAACCGAUACCAUAGAGCCACAACAACGUGGCGGUUGUAGGUACGGAUGUUGCGGAUCCUACGCUUUUGGACGGUGCAGCGCUUGCUGCAGCCGACCCCAGACUGCGGAAGCGGAACCCGAAGCCGAAACCGAGUCCAAAGAAGUUGUUUUAGAGCCCCAACAGUGGGGGUUUUGUAGGUUCGGAUGUUGCGGUGGAUGGACGUUUGGACGAUGCAUCUUCUGUUGUCGCCGACCCCAAGCCGUAGAGGCCAACGCUGUUGAGCCUCAGCAAAGGGGUGGUGGUGGUUGUAGGUACGGAUGUUGCGGAUGGCGUGGAGGACGGUGCGCCUACUGUUGCCGAAGUCCUCAAGCCGAGACCGAGACCGAGGAGGCCGUGGAAGCUGUUGAGCCUCAGCAAGGGUGGGGCGGUGGUGGUUGUAGGUACGGCUGUUGCGGAUGGCGUGGACGACGGUGCGCCUACUGUUGCCGAAGUCCUCAAGCCGAAACCGAGGUUGUUGAUCCCCAGCAAGUCCGUCGAUGUAGGUACGGUUGCUGCGGAAGCUACGCUUUUGGGCAGUGCAGUGCUUGUUGUUCAAAGAAGAUGGCUACAGAAGAAGAGAAGAAAAAGGAAGAAGCUAAGCCAUGAAUUGGUGUGUAACACAAACUCUAUGUUUGUACGCAUGCAUGCAUGGUUUGUUACUACUACGUAGUAUGUCAAAAUAAAAAUCGGUGCCUAAUUAAUAAGGUACCUAGCUCAAAUAAAAAUGUCGUAGGGUCAUCAUAAUAUAUGUACUUUGUUAAACUAUGGGCCACAAGAUUGAUAGUAAAGUUUUGGCCCAUUUAUUGAUUUGAUUGAAGCAGAAUCCAUUCUACACCACCAGUGUGGGGCUAAUGUUCAAUCCCACAAAAUUUGCAGAACAAUUUCCAGACAUAUAUCCAAUAUUUUGGUUGUUUAAUUACUAUGGAAGGACGAAAUAACUCAGAUUCGGGCCUGUGUUUUUUUGGAUAUUUUUUUUAGUAUAUAUAUUGAGUCCGUUAAGCGAGC